UUUUUUUUUUUUGAGUCCUGGCUCUCAGCUGCCUUGAUUUUCUAUCCCACUUCUCCCAGCAGCUGCACCCAGGAUCCUUUCUCAGAGCAAUAAGGCACUGGAGCAAGGAUGAGAGCCCGUGCCUACUGUGAAGAAUUUCUGUUCCCAAAGGUGCGCAGGACCGUGACAGACCUAUGGUUGGUUUACUCCAAGCCUGUCCCAGCAAAUGGCAGAGAGCUGUGGACCUUGUUCCUGCAGUGUUCCUGCAUCACGGCGGUGAUAGGAGGCCUCUUUUACAACUGGAUGUUUGCUUCCUUGGAGUACCCCUGGCACCUCUCUGUUGCAAUGGCCGUCUCCUUCAGUCUGCUCCUUCUCCUGACCCUUUUCUUGGUGCAUCCUGCCCGUUGUGUCUUCAGUAUGAUCAUGCCCACGCUAGGUACCAAACAAGGCCGGAAACUUCUCUUGUCGACCUGCAUCAUGAUUGUGGUGGUUAACGUACUACCCAACAUCAUAAGCAACAUUAAGACCAUACUGCAGGUUAUUAUGUGCAUCUGCAGGAAUUCCUCUGACAGUCUUUUGAACUCAACUGCUCUGCUAGGGACAGCUUCCUGGGAGUUUGGGGGUGCAAUCCAAGAAACCAGUAAUGCCAUUAAUAUUUAUCAGCCUAUGAAUGGACAUUUUCAGUUUUCAUCACUUCAGAACAGCUCCUUGAUUUACCAGCAAAUGCACCUUGCUGGUGAGAAGAUUAGGAGGGACUUUUUGGCUGUUGAGGUCCUGGUCAAAGACUCUGUACGAAUAGGCAACAAGCUGGUUGCUGGCUUCUCCAUGCUUUAUCUCUGUUUUGAGUCCGCCUGGUAUUUGAAAAAUUAUCUCACCAACCUUCGCUUUGACAAUUUUUACAUCACCGAGAAGCUGGAGCGUUUAGCUGCAGACAGAAAAGCAGCUCAUCUGCUGAUGGGCCCACCCAAAAACCUAAUUCGACCAACAGGCAUGAAGAUGUCCCGGGAAGAAGUGAUGCUGUGUCUCAUGCAAGCCAUGCUCCUCACCGUGGCCCUGAUGCUGAUGCUGGUGGUUGUGGCCAUGGACCACUUUGCGUUCAGCGUGGCAGACACCGCCGAAAAAAAGGCAGCUCAGUUCUCUGUGGUGCCCGUCACUCUCAGCAUCAAAUACAAGGCAAAAAUAGGGAUCCUGAGCUCUGUUUUGAAACUUCUUCGGCUUCCUCGUGAAGAGGUACCACUCAAGGACUUUCAAAAAAGCUACCACCAUUAUCUGACCUUCAGCUCUGCCCACUGCAGUAUCAGCCCCCCGACACCUCCCAACCCCUCUGUGCUGCUCGUCGUGGGGCUGCUCUUCUGCAUCCUCUACGUCACCGUAUUCCUGGGAACCUACGCACGCCGCCUGUGCCGAAAAAUCGCAGGCUCCUUCUUUGAGAGCUGGGAGGAGAAGCGAGCUCUUUACCUCUACAAGAAGCUGUCCAGGAAGCACAAGGAGGGAAAAAACAGCGUGAGAAACUAAGGGUACUUUUGGAAACACAGGGGAUGCCUGAGACCUGUGGCAGUGGCUGGGCACAGGCUUCUGCAAUGGGAUCAUGUAUUUAAUUUUCCAGAGUUAGAGAAGUGCAUGGAGUCUGAGGAAAAAUAUUUACCAAAUAUAAAGAAAAAGGCAGAGAAAUAUCAUAUUUUGCAUUAACUUGAGAAAAAUGGGCUAAAUUUACUUCCUUUUUUUUUUUCUUUUUUCAAACCUAGAAGGUCUGGAGUCAGCUGUUCCAGGAGUGGUGGGAGAUAGCUCAUAUGACUGGGAGGAUAUCCACAGCAUUAGGCAAGGCUAACUGGGAAAUAUGUGCAAGUCAGGGUGGGGGAAGAGCUCAUUUGUCCCCCCCACCACAUCCAUGCUGGAAGAAGUAUACACAUCCUUUUUUCUCAAGUUAUCCCUUCAGGCAGUAAGAAAGGAAACUCAUUUGAGCUGAUCAAUUUAGUUUUCAGGGAGUUUUUCUUUCAGGUUUCAGGCACAGAAGCCUGUGCAGACUGGCUAAAUAUUAGCCUUUAGAAGACAGUUUAUUCACCGAAGAAAGAGUCAUUUCAACCAGCUGAUAUGAAUUCAAGACCAAUAUGACCAUGAGAUGCACAUCCUGGGCAUGAGUGGUGGUGGAAAUCAGCACAUGAGGACUUUAUGAAAUCACGUCUCAAGGGCUCUUCAAAAUAAGAUACAAAUAGAAUAGCUGAAGUACCGCAGAAGAGGGUGAGACCAGCCAGUAAAGGUCAAUUUGGGUCUCAGUCUCUUUUACCAAGUAACAAAGCAAGCGGAAACAACCUCAAGUUGUGCCAAGGCAUUGGAUAUUAGGAAAAAUUUCUUCACUGAAAGGGUUGUCCAGCACUGGAGCAGGCUGCUCAAGGAAGUGGUGGAGUCGCCAUCCCUGGAGGUAUUUAAAAGACAUGUAGAUGUGGCAUUUAGGGUCAUGGUUCAGUGGUAACUUGUCAGUGUUAGGUUUAAGGUUGGACUCGAUGAUCUUAAAGGUCUUUUCCAACCUAAAUGAUUUUAUGCUUAUUUGAUUCUAAUUUAGGCCAACAUGCUGGAAGACUUCAAAAGUGAUAGACAGAAACUGGACUUUGCAGGGAACAGGGAGGUAGCAGGGCCUGGAGAGCUGGACUUACAUGAACCAGGAGCUGGGUUUAUGUUUUGGGUUGUUUCAAACUGAGAAACUAUGGUGUUGUAUCCAAAAUGCCAAAAAAACAUCGCUGGGGCAGCACCUGAACAUGUUGCUUUUGAAAGGGAGGCAGAUGGGACACCUCUGUCAGGGCAAGAGUCAGACGAGGGGGAGCUAAAUCAGUGCUAGGUUAAAAACAAAGCAACUUCGAAGCUUCGUUUCUUCAAAGCAUCUCUAUUAUUUUCCUCCCUUCUCCCAUUAGAGUCUUCAUUAAGGUAAUUAUUUCUCAUAAUGCACCUCAAUGAGAUUAAAUUACAGAAGUGAAGUGGCAGCUGCAGCCGGAUGCACUGAAUUCUCUCAGCUUCUGAGGUGCUUGAAACAAAGUAGGUCUGGAUUAUUUUUUUUAAAAGGGUCUAUCUAACAAAACCCCAGUGCAUUCAUCUCCCCAGGUUUCUUAAUUCCCUGCUGUUAUGAUGAUUAAUCCAAACACUUUUCUGCCUCUACAGCAACUAGGGAGCUUUUUCAUGAGGUUUCUGUAGAAAUGCUCUGUUGUUGUUUGGGGAAAGCAAAUAGAUUUCCACAUGCUCAUUGAGUAGCCACAAUUAUUGGGAUCCAGGGGUUAAAAUAGCUGGGAGGAGAACAGAGGAGCCCUUCAGCCAGCAAACCAUCCCAGCAGCAUGUUUCUUUCCACCAAGUGCACAUUUAAAAAAAGGUUUUCCUUAGAAAGAUUUGUCGUUUUGGCAAGAGACUUGCAUUUGUCUUUAAGAAAUAAUUUUUUUUUAUGGCCAGCACCAUUUGUGAAACCCUCCUGAGCAGUGUCGAAUUCCUCUCCUUGCCUUCCAAAGGAGAUCUUCAGAGCAGAUUUGGUCAGAGGGAGAGGAGGCUGAAAUGGUGAAGUUCUGGGGACCAUCAAGGGACAAGCUUUGCUUUAGAGAUGAGCCCUCCAGGGUCAGCUGGGGGUUUGGAGCAGAUGAGAUCACAGACAUGGACUAAGAGGGCUAAGUACCGCCCUGAGUGUCCCAUUGCAUCCUUCAGACAGGUGCUGCCCAGCUCCCAGCCAGGGCAGCUGAGCAGUGUGUGAAGCAGCUGCUGAAACAUGACUUUUCAGCCUCAAAAAUCAUAUUUAUUAGGAAAAGUGACCCCAGUCCAGUGCUGUUCUUCCCAUGUUCUUGAGAGUCUCCUUCAUUUCCCAGUGAAUUUUAACCACUAAAGACUAAUCCUGGGAACUUUGCACUUCUAGAUUAUAAAAUUGAGCAUCAGACAAGCCUUGAUUAGCAUAAUUACAUCUGCUUGAAAGGAUAAUAAUCAGUGUGAGGUACUGCCACUCUGCAGAGUCACAGCCCUCAUAAGCCCUUCAUGAAGCAGAGACACGCUCCCAUUUCCAUUUUCCAGAAGAAAGACUAAGGAUGAGAUGGGUAAGUCCUUGGUGGGUAUCACACCACUUCUAGUGGGUUUAGUGACAGGGAGCCAUGGGCAGCAGAGCCCCUGUUGCCUGCCUGGAUCUAGGGGAUGAUUCUACUGCCCUUGUUUGCCCUCUUCUGCCCUAGGAACCAGUGGAUUGUGCCCCACGUGCCAUCUAUCUCCUCAGCCUUGUGAUCCUCACAUAUGAAUUUUCUCUUUAGAAUUUGGGUUUGGAAGGUGAACAUCUUGCAAAGCACUGGCGAGGAAGUGAAGGUUGGGUGGUAGCCCAAAACUUGGCUUUUGUCAUUGCAGUUCUGAGGUUUUUUUUCUUGGAAAGGAUGGUGACAAACGUUGUGAAGUGUUACACUGUGCCCAUGCUGAGAAGUGUCAUCUCACUGGAGUCAGAAGGUUGUGGGGUUUUUUUUUAAUUGUAGGAGGGAAGAAGUCACUUUGAUACCCAUUAUGGUUAUUUCAGAGGUGAAGCUGUACUGAUGUUAAAAUAUGUGUAUGCUGAAGGCUGAUAUACCUGAAUGUCACUGAACCAAUGCACGUGAAAAGGUGUUAACACAAGAGUACUGUUGCUUGAGUUGAUGUCAUCAAAUAUAGAUAUGUAUGAUACA